CACAAUCGGAAACCCGCCCACCGAAUCACCUCCCCCACCUCGGCACGAUCCCCACCACCGUAUUCCACAGAUGAUCCACUCCCGCCACUUCCCUCCUCGUCCCUGCUCCCACCUCUCUCUCCCCCGCCCGUAUCUUACUCUCCCGCUCCCUCAUCUCCCUGACCGCCGCAUACCCCACGGCCCACGCCUCCCACGUCGUCAUCCCCGGCGGCAUCGCGUUGGACCCUGGGAUGUGGAUCGAAGGGGAUGUUGAGGGCUGGUCGCAGCAUGUGUGGAGGGCGUGUUGGAUGGCGUGGUGGGUCUGGGUGUGGGAGUGUGGGGUGGGUUUGGGGGUCGUGUGGGAGUGGGAGGAGGUUGCGGCGGGUGAAGAGGCGGAUGAGGCCAUUUUCGGGGUGGGGGAUGGUGGGGAUGUGGGUCUUGUGCGAGGCGUUGGAGUGUGGGUGCUGGAUUUCUACUUUGGACCUGUCUGCGAAACAGGGCUUUUACCCAUUGACAGCAUCCCAAACACGCUGUCGAAAUAUGGCAUGGGGGGAGUCGUAUGAUGGACUGCGCACAUGUUGGUGCCCAAAAGACGCGACGGGGGGGGGAGACGUCACGUCACAGUGGGAGAACGAGAGGGUGGGCCGAUGUCCCGACCGACCGACCGACUGCAACACGGGCGAAAAGUGCGCACUGCCCUCUCGUCACUGCCCCCCCCCGUCUUGCGCAGUUCAUGGUCCAGGACAACUUUAUAAAGCGCAAACGAAAGGCGGUCAAAGGAAGACUCGGGAGGUCCGCCUUCAAAACUUCCAAAAUGCAUGUGCGUGUGUGUGCGUAUAACAUCAUAUGUGGGCCCGCCGUAAGUGUGCCGAUGGGUUCAUCAAUCUCCGCGUUCCGCUCGAUGUGAAGUUGAAAGCUGUCCGAGCGUGUUCCCGUGCUUGAUUCGCGAAGAACGAGGUGCGCGGCGCAGUUAAAAUCCGUGCACGUGACUAGUUAGAAGUGGGCGUGUGCGCGAUCUGUGUGCAGUCAGUCCGAGGGGCGGACGAGAAGGAGGUGGGAAGUGGGAACUUUUUUCUCGCCGGUGAACUGCGCGCGUUCGUCGGGCGAACAGAAGAGCGUCAAGUCAGAUCAUCCGAUUCCACCCACUCCCGCUUUUUGACCCCCCACGCAAACACACAAAUCGCUGCUGAAGAUGCCUUCCUUCGUCCAUUGGCCCCUUCCUGCAUACAGUAGAUAACCGGUACUGUAGACCCCC